AUGGCUCGAGCGCGAGAUGGUCCUCGCUGCGGAACCGAAAGUCCAGUGGGACGGAGCGACAUCGAGAAAAACACAAAGACAUCAGCAUCACCUGCGGGUUUCCCACAGGCCUGCGGUAGGACACUGCGGCUGUGUCUCCCCUCCAGAGUUUCCGAGGAGGAGAAGAAGGCCUGUGAGUGGAGUUCCAGAAUAGACAGAGAACUGGGAGAACAAGGCAGACACGAGGGGAACGUGGUCAAAAUGCUUCUGCUGGGCACUCCAGAGAGUGGCAAAAGCACUAUAGUGAAGCAGAUGAAGAUCAUCUAUAGCCGUGGCUUCACCAAAGAGGAGCUCACAAGCUUCAAGCCUGCUGUACUGGACAAUCUCCUGACUUCCGUGAAGUUUGUUCUACAUGGUAUGGGCGUGUUACGGAUCAAUCUGGCCAACAGGAAGAACAAGGCUCAUGCACAAUCUAUCUUGUCAUGUGAAUGCUGUGUUGGAGAGGACCAGGAGCUGUUACCCUUCGUGGCCUAUGCUUUCUACAGCCUAUGGGGGGAUCAGGGAGUGCGGGCAGCAGCUGCCAGGGGCCACGAAUACCAGCUUAAUGAUUCAGCCCUGUAUUUCUUUCAGAACAUGGGCAGAAUCAUCAGCCCAAACUACGUCCCAACUGAGUCAGAUGUGUUGAGGGUGCGAGUGAGAACCAGUGGCAUCAUCGAAACUCAGUUCAGCCACAACAAUGCCAUUUACAGAAUGUAUGAUGUGGGCAGUCAGUGCUCCGAGAGGAAGAAGUGGUUCAGCUAUUUUGACGAUGUCCGGGCUGUGCUAUUUGUAGUGGCUCUUAGUGGGUAUGAUCUAACCCUUCCUGAGCACCCCUUUUCGAACCGUCUACAAGAGAGCUUGGAGCUCUUUACCACUGUAUGCAACAGCGCAAAUUUCAGGAAAGCUUCACUGAUUUUAUUAAUGAACAAAACUGAUCUGUUUUGUGAGAAGAUUUUGCACUCUGGAAGACACCUGAGACUCUACCAUUCCGACUUUAAAGGACCGGACUAUGACGUGAAUGCAGCAGCUCGUUAUGUUACUGCGUUGUUUGUGGCACGUUGCACCACCUCAGGCAAGCUGGUGUAUCCUCACUACACCAACGCCACAGACACGGUGACUGUGCGGGAUGUGUUUUCUGCUGUCGUGAACACAAUUUCAAGACAGAACCUUGAAGCUGUAUCCCUGCUCUAA